UUGACUGGAUUGUUGCAGACAUGCUUGCCAUACGCCAAGGAAGCCUUGGCUCAUUGAGAUAUGUUGUCAAAGAUGGACUCAAAUAUUUCCCUUUCUAUGGUUGGAGACUUCAGCAGCACAGCACAGUAUUUGUGAAGCGAGGAGGAGGCUUUAAUCCAGGCAAGAUGACAAAACAACUUGUUUCAAUGAAGAAGAACAAAGUGCCAAUGUGGCUUGUAAUUUUCCCUGAAGGAACUCGCUACAACCCAGCAAAUACUCAGGCAAUCAGCCGAAGUAGGGCAUUCUCUGACAUGCAGGGUUACCCUCCACUCGACUAUGUGCUGGUACCUCGUCAUAAAGCAACGUAUCUUAGUAUUGAUGCCCUACGUGACUAUGUAGAUGCUGUCUAUGAUGUCACAACAGCCUAUAGCAACACUUGGGACAAUAAGGAAGACAAACGUGUUGAAGCUCCAGGAAUGCCAGACUUUCUGUGUGGUGCCUCACCAGAGGUCCACGUCCACAUAAAGCGUAUCAAAAUUCAAGAGAUACCUCAGGAAGAGCAGGACAUUAAAGAUUGGCUACAAGAAAGAUAUCAGGAAAAAGACAAGUUGCUCCAAAGGUUCUACAAAGAAGAUGGAAAGCUUGGGGAUGAUGGGACAAUAUCAAAGCUACCAUUGUACCACACUAUUCCAGCUACCUUAUUCAAUGUACUUAUAACUCUACCAUUUUAUGUGCGUAGUGAGGGGCGUAGAGAUCAUCUUAGUAUGUGGAUUGUGGGGACAAUAGCAUGUGCAGCAUGGGCAGGAUUGAGAGCUUGAUGAUAGACUCUCAUAGUCACAUUCAAUUCAGCAUUAUGGUUUUGCCUGAGAUUUUCAGUAAUUCACUUACAAUGCUCAUUGGAUUGUUCUAUUUUAUUAAUGAUGGAGUUAGGUGGACCUAAAUUCAAUGAAAUAAGGAUGCAUAAUCCCAAGAUGUGCCAUUAAGAUUAUUCUUUUUUUUUUAAUUUAAAUGAGUAGUGAAAAAAUGUUUUUGAGUGGUGUUUCAAUUAAAACAGAGUGGUACAAUUAAGUAGUGAAAUAAUGUUGAUUUUUCCCUCACUAUAUCAUAUGGAAUCACCCACUGGUUAGAUAUACUAUGUGUUAGAUUUACUAUAUACUAUAUAUCAGGGUAGUUCUAUUCUUAUCUAAAGCAGAGUGGUUAAACCUCUAAUAUUGUUUCAUUGAGAAACAUGAAACAAUGUUUGAGGUCUCAUGGAACAAAAAUAAUCGGAACGGUUCAGUUUGAAACAUUUGGGAUCGGAAUGGAACAAUUUCGGAACA